UGCGCACAGUCGGUGCCUUGGUGACCCCGCUGCGAUAAUGGAUGGUCAGAAGUUCUGCCUCAAGUGGGAUGGGUUCCAGAGCAGUGUCACCUCUCUGUUUGACCACCUCCGACAAGAUGAGGAGCUGGUGGACAUCACUCUGUGCUGUGAAGGCCAGAAAGUCAGGGCACACAGAAUGAUGCUGUCUGCAUGCAGUCCAUACUUCAGGGAUCUCCUAAAAAACAACCCGUGUCAGCAGAUGGUGUUCUUCCUGAAGGACACGUCGGCCGCCGACCUACGUGCCAUCAUCGAGUUUAUGUACAAGGGCAGUGUGAACGUGGCCCAGAGCCAGCUGGCCAGCUUCAUCAAGACGGCGGAGAUGCUGCAGAUUCGCGGUCUCAGCGGCGAUGACGACAAGGCUGCCGCCUCGCCGCCUCCGCCGGACGGCGUCAAGGUGGAGAAGGUGGACCUGACGGAGGAUGAUGACGGUGACGUCAGCCUGGACGCCACGCUCGGCUAUGUGGCCGAAUACGAGGGCAGCUACGGCGAGCCGGACCUCUCCGUCAGCGCUUUGGUGGCCGGCGGCGCCACGGCGGCAGCGGCGGGCGGGCAGCCGGGACCGUCGCAGCGACCUCUGGAUGACACCGGACCGCCAGGUUCCGUCUCCUGCGAUCUGUGCGGCAGAAUGUUCUCCCACACCGGCUCUUUGAAGCUCCACAAAAAAGUGCACCAGGGACUGACAACGUGUGUCAUCUGCGGCAAAGUGCAAAACAGAGUGUUCGACUUGCGAGUGCAUCUUCGCACAGUGCACAAGCUAUCCAAGGAAGACAUAGCUAGUAUCGUUCCGAAUCGUAAUCGGUAACCGGUAGACUACCGUCUUACCCGCGGUCAUGGCAGCCUGUGUGAAAGCUGGGUUCGAAGAGUUAAAUGGCUUGUACGAGAUUUCCACAUCACAAGGAAUUAAGUUUUACCGAUAUUUACAUGGACGUAACUUGUUUAUGGUU